ACAGGAAGUUGUCAGCAGUGUUAUUGUUGCUAGUGGGGACUGUUGUGUUGUGAAAAUGGCGACAUCUCGUCGCUCCUCUCAGCAGCAGCAGCAGCAGCCGCCAAACUCCCUCCUGUCCUCCCCGCCCCGUUGCUCCUCUCACCCUGUCACCCCGUCCAGCUCUCUGCUAGCAUCCAUUGAUGAUGCCAGCUCCCUUCCCCACGGAGCCGCGAUGGAGAACACCGGUGACGGUGAGGUAACACCAGCCUCUCCCACCACAACCUCCCCUGCUUUGGCCCUCACUACCAGUAGCAGCAGCAGCAGCACCAGCAGCAGCACCAGCAGCAGCAGCACCACUAGCAGCAGUGCUAGCUCCCCGACCACCACCGAAGGUAGCGGCACCAGUCCCGGUUCUACGCCCGACUCGAGCAGCGGGAACCCGGGAAGCAGCGGUGCAAACGGUUCUUUCAGGGAGUUGUUUGAAGCCUGCAGAAAUGGUGAUGUUUCCAGGGUGAAGAAACUCGUGGAUGCGGUGAAUGUGAACGCCAAAGACAUGGCUGGACGCAAAUCGACACCCCUGCAUUUUGCUGCAGGUUUUGGGCGGAAAGAUGUGGUGGACCAUCUGCUUCAGACGGGUGCUAAUGUGCAUGCACGAGAUGACGGAGGUCUCAUCCCGCUGCACAACGCCUGCUCAUUUGGUCACUCUGAGGUGGUGUCCUUGCUGCUGUGUCAGGGGGCUGACCCAAACGCUCGAGACAACUGGAACUACACUCCGCUGCACGAAGCCGCCAUCAAGGGCAAGAUAGACGUCUGCAUAGUGUUACUGCAGCAUGGAGCCGACCCCAACAUCCGCAACACGGACGGCAAGUCCGCCCUGGACCUGGCUGAACCCUCCGCCAAGGCCGUGCUCACAGGUGAAUACAAGAAGGAUGAGCUGCUGGAGGCGGCAAGGAGUGGAAACGAGGAGAAGCUAAUGGCCUUGCUUACGCCGCUCAACGUCAACUGCCAUGCGAGCGACGGCCGCAAGUCCACUCCGCUGCACCUGGCAGCAGGAUACAACAGGGUGAGGAUAGUUCAGUUGUUACUACAGCAUGGAGCAGAUGUUCACGCCAAGGACAAAGGGGGUCUGGUGCCGCUUCAUAACGCCUGCUCUUAUGGACACUAUGAAGUUACUGAGCUGCUGUUAAAGCACGGAGCCUGUGUGAACGCCAUGGAUCUGUGGCAGUUCACCCCUCUACAUGAAGCGGCGUCUAAAAACCGAGUGGAGGUGUGCUCUCUGCUGCUGAGCCACGGGGCUGACCCGACCCUGCUCAACUGCCACAGCAAAAGCUCUGUGGACAUGGCACCCACUCCCGAGCUGAAGGAGAGACUUACAUAUGAGUUUAAGGGCCACUCGCUGCUUCAAGCUGCUCGAGAAGCUGACAUGGCCAAGGCUAAGAAGACCCUGGCAUUGGAGAUCAUCAACUUUAAACACCCACACACACACGAAACUGCCCUGCAUUGUGCAGUAGCGUCGCCUCACCCCAAAAGGAAGCAGGUGACCGAGCUGCUGCUGAGGAAAGGUGCCAAUGUCAACGAGAAGAAUAAAGAUUUCAUGACUCCUCUUCACGUGGCAGCUGAGCGGGCGCAUAAUGACAUCAUGGAGGUGCUACAGAAACAUGGGGCAAAGGUGAAUGCCCUGGACACACUGGGUCAGACGGCAUUGCAUCGUGCGGCGUUGGCAGGCCACCUUCAGACCUGUAGGCUGUUGCUAGGAUACGGGGCAGACGCCUCGCUGGUGUCGCUGCAGGGCUUCACCGCUGCUCAAAUGGGAAACGAAGCUGUUCAGCAAAUACUCAACGAGAACGUCCCAGUGAGAAACUCGGAUGUAGACUACAGACUUCUCGAAGCUGCUAAAGCCGGUGACCUGGACACUGUCAAGUCCCUGUGUACGGCUCAGAAUGUGAAUUGCAGAGAUCUGGAGGGACGGCACUCUACCCCUCUUCACUUCGCUGCCGGCUACAACAGAGUGUCCGUGGUGGAGUAUCUCCUGCACCAUGGGGCGGACGUGCACGCCAAGGACAAAGGCGGUCUGGUUCCCCUUCAUAACGCCUGUUCGUACGGUCACUUUGAGGUGGCCGAGCUGCUGGUCAGACACGGAGCCUCGGUCAACGUGGCAGACUUGUGGAAGUUUACGCCGCUCCAUGAAGCUGCAGCGAAGGGCAAAUACGAGAUCUGCAAACUGCUGCUUAAGCACGGAGCAGACCCCACUAAGAAGAACAGGGACGGCAACACCCCUCUGGACCUGGUGAAGGACGGGGACACGGACAUCCAGGACCUGCUCAGAGGAGACGCGGCGCUGCUGGACGCUGCUAAGAAAGGCUGCCUGGCUAGGGUUCAAAAGUUAUGCAGCCCCGACAACAUUAACUGUCGGGACACGCAGGGACGCAACUCGACUCCGCUGCACCUUGCAGCCGGCUAUAACAACUUGGAGGUAGCCGAGUAUCUGCUGGAGCAUGGAGCCGAUGUGAAUGCGCAGGACAAAGGAGGGCUGAUACCGUUACACAAUGCCGCUUCAUAUGGGCACGUGGACAUAGCUGCUCUGCUGAUCAAGUACAACACGUGUGUCAAUGCAACCGACAAGUGGGCAUUUACUCCCCUGCACGAAGCGGCCCAGAAAGGGAGGACUCAGCUCUGCGCGCUGUUGCUCGCCCAUGGAGCCGAUCCCACUAUGAAGAACCAGGAGGGGCAGACGCCGCUGGACUUGGCUACGGCUGAUGACAUCAGAGCACUUUUGAUUGAUGCCAUGCCGCCAGACGCCCUGCCAAGUUGUUUAAAACCACAGGCCACUGUGGUAAGUGCCAAUGUGGUGAGCACAGGAGCGACAGGGGGUGUGGUCAUCUCUCCGUCUCCGUCCCCUUCGUGCCUGUCGGCGGCCAGCAGCAUAGACAACCUGGCCGCUCCUCUGAGUGACAUCACGGUGGCCGGGGCCACCGGUCCCGCAGAUGGAGCGACUGGCUCCGACAGGAAAGAAGGAGAAGCUCUACUUGACAUGACCAUCAACCAGUUCUUAAAGAGCCUGGGGCUGGAACACCUCCGAGACAUCUUUCAGCGGGAACAGAUUUCACUGGAUGUGCUGGCAGACAUGGGUCACGAAGAGCUGAAGGAGAUCGGCAUCAACGCCUACGGUCACAGACACAAACUCAUCAAGGGCAUCGAGAGACUGCUGGGAGGCCAGCAAGGUGCAAACCCAUACCUGACGUUCCACUGCUCCAGCCAGGGCACCAUGUUGAUCGACCUGCAACCGGAUGACAAGGAAUUCCAGUCUGUGGAGGAGGAGCUACAGAGCACGAUCAGAGAGCACCGCGACGGAGGCAACGCAGGCGGGGUCUUCAGCCGCUACAACAUCAUUAAAAUUCAGAAGGUUGUGAAUAAGAAGCUGCGGGAAAGAUACACACACAGACAAAAGGAAAUUGCAGAUGAGAAUCACAACCACCACAACGAGCGCAUGCUCUUUCACGGUUCUCCCUUCAUCAACGCAAUUAUCCAUAAGGGCUUUGAUGAGCGUCAUGCAUACAUCGGAGGCAUGUUUGGCGCUGGCAUCUAUUUUGCCGAGAACUCCUCCAAGAGCAAUCAGUACGUGUAUGGGAUCGGCGGAGGAACAGGUUGUCCAACCCACAAAGACCGCUCCUGCUACAUAUGUCACAGACAGAUGCUGUUCUGUCGGGUGACACUCGGUAAAUCAUUCCUUCAGUUUAGUGCAAUGAAAAUGGCCCACGCCCCUCCUGGUCACCACUCCGUAAUAGGACGACCCAGUGUCAAUGGUCUGGCGUAUGCAGAGUAUGUCAUCUACAGAGGGGAGCAGGCUUACCCAGAGUACUUGAUCACCUACCAGAUUGUGAAGCCAGAGAGUCUGGCCACGCCUGCUGCCACUGCUGAGCAAAAGUCCUAAAGGCUGGGUGCCAAGUUAGCCAGACUGUAGUGGACAAAUCUCUAAGAGGACCAGAACUGAACAGUAAGGAGUUUCAAACCUCAGACCUUCAAAGUCUCUGGAGCUGGGGGUGGGUGACACGAAGCAUCGGCUGGCCAGGAGUCAGAUGACCCUCAAACGCGGAAAUAAGGAGGAAGAAGAGACGGUGUCUUUCAGUUUUUUGGGGUUGUAAUACAGGUUCAGUCCAAAAGGAGCAGACAGUAAUAAUUAAUCAUUUGAGGAGAAAAUGGAAACUGUUUCAUCAGUAUUAAUGGAAGCUGUUUUUGCAGGCGCUGUGGCUUUGAUCUCAAAGUGAAAGCAAUUACCACAAAAAAAAAUAUAAAACAAACAAAAAGCUGUUUUGUUUUUUGGCACCUUUGCACUGCUCCUGUAUUCUAGCCCCAGGCUUUAAUGUGUUUUUUAUAUUAUGUCCUCUUUUUGCUUUGCACACACACCCACAACAUCAAAACAAUGCUCCAACGCCACCUCCAGAUGCAUCGAGAGAACGGAAAUUCAGCGCGUUUCUGUGUCGUCGCAUUUUCACUUCAGGCCGAUAUAAAGGAGAAGCCACAGGAGGAGAAUAUGAAAUGAGAUGAAACGCAGAGAAGCAAGAGAAUCGUUGAUAUCAAAAAGCAA